AUGGCGUUCCUGCUACGCCGCCGGCAACCCGAAAAUCCGGCCAUCAACGAAGCUGACCGCGUCGAACCGACCGACGGGUCGCUCGGUCAGUCCGAGGUCUUUGGGCGUAAAGUCGAAGUGCCAUUCCUCGUCCAUGACUUGAUCGCCAAUAGCGAAAGCAACUACAAUCAAUUCAUGGCACUCGGGAUUGUGGGAGCCGCGGGUAGCGGAAAAACUACCAUCUGUCAAAUGAUUUUCGACAGCGCGGACGUGCGGAAGCACUUCCUUCCUCGGAUCUGGGUUUGCAUGACGAAACAACCCAGCGAUGACCCGGACCCGAAGCUCGCCGUCGCCAAGAGGAUGCUGACUUGCCUCGGAGAAGACGAGGAGAUCAUCGAGGAGAAGAAACGCGAGAAAGAUGGAGUUUCGGGGUUGGUCUCUCUUCUGCAUCGGCAGUUAGUGGGCAAGAGGUACCUGAUCGUGCUAGACGAUGCUUGGGAUACGGAUGAAUGGUACCAUAAACUGGAUUUGGGCUUCGAUUACUCGAUCCAGCAGCACAAGCCAAAUAAAGGCAAGAAUGUCGCCUGCGUUCACUCGACGGAUUGGAGUCGAAGCCUGGCUUUCGGGCUGCCGAAAGGAUACGGCGGAGCCGUGAUCGUUAAUGGCGGGAGCAAUAAAUUGGUGGAGAUGAUGGUUGGUAAGGAAAAUCUGCACCAUCUUCUUCCUCUGGAGGAAGAAGAUUGCUGGGCCAUAUUCAAAAACGCAGCUGGUGUUGACCCUGCGCUCGAUCCUCAGGUAGAAGAAUUUCGGGGAAUCGUCAGGCAAGGAGCAGGUGGCCACCCAUUUCUGGCGAAACUGAUGGGCCAGUGUCACCGUGACAUGAUGCAAUCGCAACCACAGACCGAAGAUGCAGCACCACGGCAGGCGGCUGAUGACAGCGGGGGCGUGACAACGAACCAGCCGAACCCGAGCACGACUCUGGGGUCUUCGCAGGUCAAGUUGCCUUUUCGCUGGAGUAGAAGCAAGACAAAGGGGUUCUUCGGAUUGAGCAGAAGUGAUACAAUGGGGUCCUGA